AUGGAUCGACACGGACCUGCAGCACGAGCAGCGUCUGAGCCACCUCCGCUCAGCCGCCGCCACCUGAGCGAUCUCGACCUGGCGGUGGGCGUGGUGAGGGGCAGUGGCGUGGAGCAGCCAGUGCCUACGCAUGAGGGGCCGGGUGAGGGAGAGCGGCUGAGUGAGGGAGAGCAGCAUGGGCAUCCCGGCGAUCCUGAGAGCGAAGGGUCGCUCGUGUAUUCGUGUACCUCGGCCUCGUGGUCAGCAACGCUGAGCUCCGACCCCAGCAAUGCAACCACACCAGCAGCGGCCGCCAUGGAUCGUGGCCAGGCGGACACUCAAGGGAUCGAUACUCUACAAGACGGCGCCGCUGAUGUGGCCGAGGAGGGCGGUGAGAUGACGGGGGGGGCGCUCGCGGUGGCGGGGGGCAGUCAAGGACGGGAGGGCGGCCUGCGGGGUCCAGUAGCUACAGCGAUGGAUAUGGUGGAUACGACCACAGUGCAAGAUCAGCAAGCAGUUGACGUAGGCGAGUGCACUCACACACGGAUGGAUGACACAAGACACCUGUGCACCACCUACUGUGUCUUGUGUUUGUGGCUGGUUGACUCAAUCAGGAGUCGGAUUUGCCAGCGGCGCCUUCCUUGCCGCGCGGCGGAGACGUACAGAGGAAUACUAGGGAGGGCGAUACACGCAGAGAGGAGGGAUAAAAAGGUCGGGCGGGAAUAGGUGUGUGAAUAGCUGAUGGCUGCUUGCAGUAUUUAUUGACAUUCUUGGGAGCAUGUGCGCG